CCCCAAAUUAGGAAAUGGGGAGGUCUGACCCAGAGGAGUGCCAGUCGCCGGCUUCAGUGAAGCCCCCAGAUGGUGGCUGGGGCUGGAUAGUGCUGCUGGGCUGCUUUGUGAUCACUGGCUUCUCCUACGCCUUUCCGAAGGCAGUGAGCGUCUACUUCAAGGAGCUCAUGCAUGACUUCCACGUGGGCUACAGCGACACAGCUUGGAUCUCGUCCAUCAUGCUGGCCAUGCUGUAUGGCACGGGGCCUGUGAGCAGCAUCAUGGUGAACCAGUUUGGGUGCCGGCCUGUGAUGCUUGUCGGUGGGCUCCUGGCGUCAUCCGGUAUGAUCCUAGCCUCCUUCACCACCAACAUUAUUGAGCUGUACCUGACCGCGGGCAUGCUGACAGGUCUAGGUAUGGCUCUGAACUUCCAGCCCUCCCUGAUCAUGCUGGGCACCUACUUUGACAAACGUAGACCUCUGGCCAAUGGGCUUGCUGCAGCUGGGAGCCCUGUUUUCCUCUCUGCCCUCUCUCCGCUGGGUCAGGUCUUGCUCGAAAAGUUUGGCUGGCGAGGGGGAUUCCUCAUCAUGGGGGGUUUGCUGCUCAAUUGCUGCACCUGUGGAGCAGUCAUGAGACCUCUCGAGGCAGGCAUGAAGCGGAAGAUGGAGAGAGUUCAGGACAAAUAUGAAGCCAAGGAGAUGCUGCCCAUUGGGGAAAGGGCAGAGGAGGCCAUAAGCACCAUGGAUGGAGCCAAAAAGUCAAAGAAAACCAAGAAGCAGCAGCAGCCCAGGAAAGGGAAGAAGCUAUUGGAUUUUUCUAUCUUCUCCAACCGGGGGUUUGUCAUUUACUCCAUUGCUAAGUUCAUCAUGGUCUUGGGUCUCUUUGUGCCCCCCAUAUUGCUGGUCAACUAUGCCAAAGACAUAGGAGUGCCAGACACAGACGCUGCCUUCCUGCUGUCCAUCAUUGGCUUCAUAGACAUCUUUGCCCGCCCUUCCUGUGGGAUGCUAGCCGGGCUGAAGUGGAUGCGUCCCCAUGUCGCCUACUUAUUCAGCUUUGCUAUGCUCUUCAAUGGCCUGACAGACAUCUGCAGCGCCAGCGCUAACACCUACACGGCACUGGUCAUCUUCUGUGUCUUCUUUGGCAUCUCCUAUGGCAUGGUGGGUGCAUUGCAGUUUGAGGUGCUCAUGGCCAUUGUUGGAUCCCAGAAGUUCUCCAGUGCCAUUGGGCUGGUCCUGCUCAUUGAAGCCAUUGCUGUGCUCAUUGGGCCACCCUCAGCAGGACGCUUGGUGGAUGCAUUCAAGAACUAUGCAAUCAUCUUCUACCUGGCUGGCUCAGAGGUUGUACUCUCCUCCCUCUUCCUGGCCACGGCCACCUAUUGCUGCCUGAAUCAAGAGAAGAAGACACCCCAGCUAGAGAAGACCCCUUCGGUAGGGGGUGGCAGUGAUACCGAAGAGGCAGAGUCAGAUGCGCAGGAAGUGGAGGAUCAUGCUGCUGACAACCACCACCUGUCCCACAGCACCAACACUGCUGUCGUCAUGACCAGUGAUGCGGUGAACCACAUAGCAGAGGACCAUAGUGCAGAUGGGGUUGAGCAGCCUGCGGAUGAGGGGGCAGUGCUAGUCCCAGGUGAAUGCAACUCUGGCCAGACAGUGGAGAGAGAGAGAUUUUAGCAAGUGAAAAGCCAGGACUAAGAGCCAAUGCUAAAGUGUGUGACUGGCCUGGCUUGGAGACAAGUAUUUGGGGGAGGGAAUAGGGGUUGAAGGGGGAGAGUGUGCUGGGGAAGAAGCUGUUGGGUGGGCGGGGGGGGGGGGGAGCUGCAAGGAAUUUUUCCAUAUAUAAUGUCUGUGUAACGGUAUACUGCAAGUACACUGAUGUAUUCAACACAGGCUCAAAGACACUGAAAACCAGCCUCCCCUACAAACUGUCCCUGGGAAAUAUUUUUAAACAGCAGCAGAGGCAGCCAGAGAACUUUACUUUUCCCUCUGCACUAUCACCCUAAGAGAGAGUUAGGGGCUCUCUAUGAUCAUAUCUGCUACUACUUAUUCAGUCUUCAAUGCCUCUCCUAAUCUGCCACGGCUGUCAGGACAGACUCCGCUUCAUAGACUGCAGAAGAGGCCACACUAUGAACCUGGCUGGAGGGAGGUUGGUUUAGGCUGUCAUGGAAGCAGCCGAUGGUGUAGGGAAAAACAGCUAGAGGGCAGCUACAGGAAUUGCCAUACUUCAUGUCACUCUCUCUGACCUGGCCUCCAACCACAACCAAUGCCUUAGAGAAAGGUAGGGCCUUCCCCUUCCUAGGCAAUACUAAAAGUGAGGGGAAGAGACUUCAUUCUGACCCCAGCUUGAGAUUAUCUGAGGGAGUGGCAGGCCAAAAGCAAGGUGGUUGUGAUGCUUCAUGGGCAAGGAGGAGGAACUGGGGGGAAAGCUCUAGUUAAGGGCACAAAGCAAAGAAACAGUCCAACUAAAUGCCAUUAGCUAACAACUGCCCUAACACUAAAAAACAUACCAUGUCCCAAGGGAUUAUCCAUGUGGCAGCAAUGGUGUGUGUGUUAGUUAACUAAAAGAAAACCCCUUAUAUAAAGGAAUCAAUGUUCAGGCAGAACAAGCAGCAGCCACAGGAUGCAAUGAAUGAGGGGGUUUGGGCAAGCAGUAAAUCAGGCUUAAGAGAUGGAUUUCUGGAUUCUAAGAGAACAACCUUCCCUCGCAUGCUGAAACCACACUUAAUCCGCUUUAGAACUGGGUCUACUAUGACACUCCUAGCCAAAGCCCUUCCUUCCAGUUUCCUGAAUUACUUCACCUCAAACACCCCGUGCCAACACCUCAAGGGACCUAUUACAACACCAAGGGAUCAGAAUCCAGAGGGCUGUACGGCAGGGAUCGCAAGGGCUGCAGAACAGGCAUUUCACUUCAGGUCACUGGCUUGAAUAUGAACUAGGGACUAGUCAUUAGAGACAUUACUGAUAGCCCAGCUAAAUGGAAUUUGGUGGGGGGGGGGGGCGGGGAGAGAGAAGGUCGCACUCCAGCUGCUACUACACAAGUGGUAUUGAUUUGCUGCAAUAAGGACAGUUUUUAAAAUGAGACAAGACCUCAAUGAGCCAGGGGGCUUGCAACCAAGAUGUGGCCCCUCCAUCCAGGACUCAGCUGAGACAGAGGAGGCGGAGGUGAGGGAGCAAAGAGCACUGUAGCAACCCCCCUCUGUCUUUGUAGGAGGCUCCGCUUGUAACUUGCAACCAGCACUGUAUUCACAUUAAAAUUUAUCUGAACUCCCAAAUAAAUCUGACCAUUUUUGGAGCAUCAAGAUUAGUUAGUUCCUUAGAGUAUAUUCUCUGUGGCUUUGUUCAAUCUUGUACUUUUAAGUGACUCGAGAGAUGGAGCCUCCACCACAUCUUCUGGGAAACUAAUCCAGUCUACAGGGACCUCACUAGUAGUAAAGGAUUCCAACUAUCCAGGCAACAUUUUCCUUUAUUCAGUUUCAUCUCAUGAAGUCUAGUUAUAUAACGCGGUGGUCAGAGUCUGUCUCCCAACAUAGGCAGCACAAAGCUGUAGCUGGGCAGGCCUCUUUUGUAAUGGGAACUCAGCAGGAGGGAGAGCUACUCCACACUGGCCUCAGCAUAGGGGACUGGCCAGGGAAAAAGGUUGCCACUAGAGCAUCUCCGGGGGAUAUGGGCAGCUUGUUGUAACUUACAACAGCCUUCAGGCUACUCUAAGUCCCAGGAGCAGAGCAGUUUCCCCGACCCCCCCAGGGGCCACGAAGAUGGUAUAAAGCUACCUCUGCCACGUUCCCUUCCAAGAUGCACUGAAUAUGGCUUAUCAUAGCUCAGGACCUGGACUGCACUCAAUACUUCUUCUCCAACAGCGUUUUCCUAUAUACAUUUGGUCCCUCAAGGUCCUUGAUUACUGUGGUUGCUCUUGUCCAACUCCCAUUCAAACAGUGUCACCCUGGCCGCUAGAACCCCUCAGGAGGACAAAGCAUGAGGAGUGCUUUUUAAAAGAAAAGUUGGUGCCAUCAUAUUGCACUGUAACACUCCAAAUGGGAUGCUAAGAAGCCUGCCCUGUGAUCUCUGCCAGUCAGAAUUCAGAGCUUAGGGAGAGAGUGUGUGGCCAGAGCUGGUGAAAUGUGGUUUGCUGGAGCUCCAUCAGUGACAUUUUCCAUUCCUAUAAGCUCUCUCUUUGACACAGCUGGCAGCUUCUGCUCACAAGGUCAGGACUUAUUGCUAGCUCAGGCUUGAGGGGUGGCAGCUGAGUCUGUGGUUAGAACCUACCACUGGAAUAGCAAGGGAUGCUGCAGGACACGAUUGAGGUGGACUACUGUGUUCUGCAAGGAUGUGUUCACCCUCUAAGCCAAGCCAUAGCACACUUAGGAACAUAGGACUCCCUGUGUAAAUAGCCUUAUGUAGCAUGUACAUCACAAAGCACGGUACAGUGAUGGCCACCAUAAUUCUGUUCAAGGAGUUAAUAUUCCCCUUAAGACAAAAGGAACAUAGCCUUAUG